GAGUAUAAAAGGGGACCAUGCUGGUGUUGUUCUUUACAUCCAUCCGACAAUGAGAGUGGUUGUGCUCGCACUGACUCUGGCCCUUGUGGCAAGUCAACAUAUUAAUCUUGCUCCUGAGUUUGCUGCCUCUAAGACCUACAUCUACAAAUAUGAGGCGUUGCUUCUUGGUGGGCUUCCUGUGGAAGGUCUGGCCAGAGCAGGAAUGAAAGUCAGCAGCAAGGUUCUCAUCAGUGCUGUGGCUCAGAACACCUACUUGCUGAAGCUCGCAGAUCCUGAGAUCUUUGAGUACAGCGGUGUCUGGCCAAAGGACCCUUUCGUCCCAGCCACCAAGCUCACCUCAGCACUGGCUUCUCAGCUUCUGAUUCCCAUUAAGUUUGAGUAUGCUAAUGGUGUGGUUGGCAAGGUGUUUGCCCCCGCUGGAGUCUCUGCUACAGUUCUGAAUGUUCACAGAGGUAUCCUCAACAUUCUUCAGCUUAACCUCAAGAAGACCCAAAAUGUUUAUGAGCUGCAAGAGGCUGGAGCUCAGGGAGUGUGCAAGACCCAAUACAUCAUUAGUGAGGAUGUGAAGGCAGAGCGCAUUGUUGUCACCAAGUCCAAAGAUCUCACCAACUGCCAAGAGAGGAUCAUCAAGGAUUUGGGCCUGGCUUAUUUGGAAACACUGCAAGCAAAGAGCCUGACUGGAGCCGCAACCUACAGCUACAUCAUGAAACCAAGUGCCACUGGUGCUCUGAUCACUGAAGCCACAGUUCGGGAACUUCAUCAGGUCACACCUGUUGCUGAGAUGGGUGGAGUUGCACAGAUGGAAGCCAAGCAAAGCCUGACCUUCCUGGAGAUUAAGAAGACUCCCAUUGUGCCCAUCACUGCAGACUAUGUGGCCCGCGGAUCCCUGUUCUAUGAGUUUGCCACUGAAAUUCUUCAGUCUCCAAUUCAGCUUCUGAAGAUUAGUAAUGCACAGGCUCAGAUUGUGGAGAUUCUGCACCAUCUUGUUGCCAACAAUGUGGCUAAGGUCCAUGAGGAUGCUCCUCUGAAGUUCAUCCAGUUGAUCCAGGUCUUCCGUGUGGCCAGUUUGGAGAACAUCGAAGCCAUCUGGACCCAGUUCAGGGCCAGGCCAGAAUACAGACGUUGGAUUUUGGAUACCAUUCCACUUGUUGGAACACCAAAUGCUCUGCAGUUAAUCAAGGAUAAGUUUCUGGCUGAAGACAUCAGCAUUCCUGAAACUGUUACGAUUCUUUUGGCUGCUGUGCAUAUGGUUCCUGCUGAUCUAGAGAUCAUCAGACUCGUCAAUAUCCUAGCCCUGCACCCCAAGAUUCAGACAAACCCUGCUCUGCGUGAGAUUGCUAUACUGGGAUAUGGCACCAUGAUUUCCAAGUACUGUGCUGCAGUUCCUACAUGCCCAGCUGAACUUCUGAAGCCCAUCCAUGAACUUGCAGCUGAGGCUAUUUCUAAGGCUGAUAUUGCUGAGAUCACCCUGCUGGUCAAAGCUCUCGGGAAUGCUGGUCAUCCUGCCAGUCUUAAACCAAUCAUGAAGAUCCUCCCUGGAUUCGGUUCCGCAGCUGCUGCUCUCCCUAUCAGAGUGCAAGUCGACGCCAUUUUGGCUCUCAGAACCAUUGCUAAGAAGGAACCCAGAUUGAUCCAGCCAUUGGCCCUGCAGCUGUUUGUGGACAAGGCCCUCCACCCUGAGCUGCGUAUGGUGGCUGCUGUGGUUCUGUUUGAGACCAAACCCACAGUUGCACUGGUAUCUACUAUUGCUAGCAUUCUGAAGAAGGAGACCAGCAUGCAGAUUGUCAGUUUUGUGUAUUCCUACAUCAGAUCCCUUGCCAGGAGCACUGUCCCAGACUACGCCACAGUUGCUGCUGCCAGCAAUGUUGCUAUCAAGAUCUUGAGUCCCAAGCUGGACAGACUGAGCUACCGUUACAGCAAAGCUAUCCACCUUGACAUCUACAAAAGUCCUGUGAUGGCUGGUGCUGUCGGUACUGCUUUCAUCAUCAAUGAUGGUGCCACCAUUCUGCCCAGAGCUGUUGUGGCCAAAACUCGUGCCUACCUGGCUGGAGCUGCUGCUGAUGUUCUGGAGUUUGGAGUGAGAACUGAGGGAAUUCAGGAGGCCCUUCUGAAAACUCGUGUUUUGGAAGAUUUGGAGAAUGACAGGAUCACCAAGAUGAAGCGUGUCAUGAAGGCGAUUGCUGAAUGGAAGGCCUUGCCAACUAGCCAGCCACUCGCAUCUGUCUACGUGAAAUUCUUUGGACAGGAGAUUGCUUUUGCCAACAUUGACAAAGCUAUUGUUGAUCAAGCAGUUCAGCUUGCCACCAGUGCCGAUGCCAAGACCAUGCUGAAGGAUGCUCUGAGGACACUGCAGACUGGCAUUACCGCUCAGGCUGCUAAGCCUCUUCUGGCCGCGGAGAUUCGCCGCAUCUUCCCCACUGCUGUUGGUGUGCCAAUGGAGCUCAGUCUCUAUUCUGCUGCUGUUGCUGCUGCUACCAUCAAAGUGAAAUCAACAAUUACUCCUCCUCUUUCUGAACCUCUCAAUGCUGCGGAGCUGCUGAAAGCAGACAUCCAGUUGGAAGCUGAGGCCACUCCAAGCAUCUCCAUGCACACUUUUGCUGUGAUGGGAGUCAACACUGCCUUCCUUCAGGCUGCCGUCAUGGCCACAGCCAAGGCUGUCACUGUGCUUCCUGCUAAGCUUGCUGCAAGAGCAGACAUUCCUAAACUGAACUUCAAGAUUGAGGCUCUUCCUGUUGUGACACCUGAGCACAUUGCAGACAUUCGUGUUGAGACACUGGCUAUUGCACGUAACAUUGAGGACCUUGCAGCUGAGAGAAUAACACCAAUGGUACCUGAUGUUGCUGCACAGCGUGUUUCUGCUGAGUAUAGUUUGUCUCAGUCCGCUGAUGUAUCAUCUGAAGUGCAACCUCAGCUGAAAGCAAAUGCACCAAUCCACAAGACACUUUGUGUCCCUGCUGCUCUCCUGGGAAUUAAGGGAUGUUUCGAGUUCACCUCUAGCAAUGCUGCCUUCAUCAGGAACGUUCCCCUACUCAACCUACUUGGACAGCAUGCAGCUCUUGUUGCCGUGAAACCAGCUGAUGGCCCAGCAAUUGAAAGACUGGAGGUUGAAGUUCAAGUUGGACCCAAGGCUGCAGAAAGGCUCCUGAAGGAGAUCAACAUCAUUGAUGAGCAAAGCGCCGAGGGCAGAACCAUUGUUUCUAAGCUGAAGAAUAUCCUUGAGCCUACUCUGAGAAACAACUCUUCCAGCUCGAGCAGCUUCAGCAGCUUGCUCAGCUCCAGCCUGUUUGGCGUUAGCAGCUUGUUGAGUUCCUCUAGCUCCAGCUCUAGCUCCUCCAGCUCCCGCAUGUCAAAGACUUCUUUUAAGGACUACCCAUUCAAGAAAUUCCACAAGAACCAGCACUUGGUCUCUCAAGGAGUCUCUGCUCAGAAGCUCAGAAGCAGCGGAAGCAGCGCAUCCAGCUUUGAAGCCAUUUACCAACAAAAUAAGUUCCUUGGUAACGGUGUCGCUCCUGCGGUGGUGGUCCUCUUCCGUGCUGUGAGAGCAGACCAGAAACUGCUGGGAUACCAGGCUGCUGCUUAUCUGGACAAGGCCAACUACAGACUGCAGACCAUCAUCUCUGCCCUGGCUGAGACGGACAACUGGAAGAUGUGUGCUGAUGGUGUGCUUCUGAGCAAGCACAAAGUCAUGGGUAAGAUUGCAUGGGGAGCAGAGUGCCAGGAAUACGCCACUAUCCUGAAGGCGGAAGCUGGUCUUCUUGAUGCUAGCCCUGCAGCCCGUCUUGAGCUGGAAUGGGUGAAGAUCCCUAAAAUUGUCACCACCUAUGCAACCAGGUACUUUGUCAUUCAUCAAAAACUGUCAGCUAUAAUGUACAAUCCAGGAAUAUUUUUUGAACAUAUUUUUCCACCCAGGCUGUCUAAGUAUAUCCCUGAAGUCGCUCUGGUGGCUGGAGUCACUGUCAACAAAGCCAAGAACAGUGAGAAGGAAAUUGAACUGACUGUUGCCAUUCCCACAGAGAGGACCGUCGAUGUCAUUGUGAAACUGCCAGCGAUGACUCUCUCCAAACUGGCCCUGCCUCUGCCCAUUGCCCUGCCUAUUGGUGCUGAUGCAGCCGUUCCCGAGGACAACAUCCUGGACAAGUUGCAUUUCCUGUAUGCUGAGGCUACCUCUGCCCAAUGUAGUUUGGUCCAGAAGAAACUGACCACAUUCAACAACAGGAAAUACACAAUUGAGAUGCCACUCUCUUGCUACCAAGUGCUGGCUCAAGACUGCACUCCAGAGCUUAAAUUCAUGGUGUUGCUGAAGAAGGAUCAGAUUACCGAACAGAACCACAUCAAUGUGAAGAUUGCUGAUAUGGAUGUUGACCUGUACCUCACUGACAGUGAUGUCCUAGUGAAGGUUAAUGGUGUUGAGGUUCCUAUUUCCAACCUUCCCUACCAACAUCCCUCAGUCCCAGUUCAGAUUAGACAGAAAGCUCAGGGCCUGUCACUUCACGCUCCUAGCCUUGGUCUUCAGGAGGUUUACUUCGGCAAGGACACAUGGAGGGUCAAUGUUGUGGACUGGAUGAAGGGCCAGACUUGUGGGCUCUGUGGUAAAGCCGACGGAGAGAUCAGACAGGAGUACUCCACACCCAGUGGCUACCAGACCAAGAGCUCCAUCAGCUUCGCCCAUUCCUGGACCCUUCCAGCCGAGAACUGCCGUGACAACACUCAGUGCCGUCUGAAGCUUGAAUCUGUGAAGCUGGAGAAAGAGUUGAUUGGCCAAGAUUCUAAAUGCUAUUCUGUUGAACCAGUGCUGCGUUGUCUGCCUGGUUGCGUCCCCGUGAAGACCAUGCCAGUCACUGUUGGAUUCCACUGCUUGCCCUCAGACUCCAUCAGCCGCUCGGUGGAUCUUAGCAACAUCUCUCAGAAGAGUGUGGAUCUGAGGGAGACUGUAGAAGCUCACAUGGCUUGCCAGUGCAAUGCAGAUUGUGCAUAGAAUGUUUUAAAUUCCAGCCCAUAUAUUUAUCAAUUAGGUCUGUCUGCCCCUGUCGUGAUGCUAAAUCCCAUGUAUGCAAUCUAUGCAAAUGAAUGAAAUAAAUAAACAUUGAGCA